AUGGCCGCUCAAAGGAAUCGCUCCUACCUCAGCGCGCUGGUCCAGCUCUGCCUUCUCCUCUGUUUGUCGUGGGAGACCGAAGCUCGGCAGAUCCGCUACUCGGUUCCCGAGGAGUUAGAGAAAGGCUCUUUUGUGGGCAACAUCUCCAAAGACUUGGGACUGGAGCCCCGGGAGCUGGCGGAGCGAGGAGUCCGCAUCGUUUCCAGAGGUAGGACGCAGCUCUUUGCUCUGAACCCGCGAAGCGGCAGCUUGGUCACCGCAAACAGGAUAGACCGGGAGGAGCUCUGCGCUCAGAGCGCGCGGUGUCUGGUGAGUUUUAACAUUCUUGUGGAAGACAGGGUGAAACUUUUCGGAGUAGAAAUAGAAGUAACUGAUAUCAAUGAUAAUGCACCACAAUUUCAAGCAGAAAAUCUAGAUGUAAAAAUUAAUGAAAACGUCGCUCCAGGAAUGCGUUUUCCUCUCCCGGAAGCUGUUGAUCCUGAUGUGGGCGUGAACUCCCUACAGAGCUACCAGCUCAGCUCCAAUAAGCACUUCUCUCUGGCAGUUCAAAGCCGUGUCAGUGGCGUUAAGUCCCCUGAGCUGGUGCUGGAGCACGCCCUGGAUCGCGAGGAAGAGGCAAUGCACCGUCUGGUUCUCACUGCCGUCGACGGGGGAGACCCUCUCCGAUCUGGCACUGUCCUUAUCAGUGUGACUGUUUUCGAUACAAAUGACAAUGCACCAGUCUUCAGUUUGCCUGAAUACCGAGUGAGUGUUCCGGAGAACUUGCCUGUGGGCUCACGGCUGUUGACAGUCACCGCCACCGACAGGGAUGAAGGUGCCAAUGGAGAAGUGACAUAUUCAUUCCGAAAACUACCUGACACACAAUUGUUGAAAUUCCAACUAAACAAAAAUACUGGGGAAAUAAAGCUAUCAGAAGAUCUAGAUUACGAAGAAACAGGUUUCUAUGAAAUAGAAAUACAAGCUGAAGAUGGAGGGGCAUAUCUUGCAACUGCUAAAGUAUUGAUUACAAUAGAAGAUGUAAAUGACAACAGUCCAGAAGUAACCAUCACAUCUCUGUUUAGUCCCCUGAUGGAAGAUUCACCUCUGGGGACUGUUAUAGCUCUUUUAAAUGUGCAUGAUCUGGACUCUGGGCAGAAUGGACAAGUCACCUGUUCCAUAUUGGGGAAUCUACCAUUUAAAUUAGAAAAAUCGAUUGAUAGUUAUUAUAGAUUGGUGACACACAAAGUUCUUGACAGGGAACAGAUAUCCUCUUACAAUAUCACAUUAAGAGCCACAGAUGGAGGAAGUCCACCCCUAUCAACAGAAACUCACUUCAUCCUGCAAGUGGCAGAUAUCAAUGACAACCCACCUACCUUCUCUCACAUCUCCUACUUUACCUAUAUCCCAGAGAACAACCCCAGAGGGGCCUCCAUCUUCUCAGUGACUGCACUGGACCCAGACAGCAAAGAAAAUGCCCAGGUUAUUUACUCCCUGGCUGAAGACACUAUCCAGGGGGCACCACUAUCCUCCUAUGUCUCCAUCAAUUCUGACACAGGAGUCCUAUAUGCACUGCGAUCCUUCGACUAUGAGCAGUUCCGUAAUCUGAAGAUGCAAGUGAUAGCCACUGACAGUGGGGACCCACCACUCAGCUCCAACGUAUCACUGAGCAUAUUCGUGCUGGACCAGAAUGACAAUGCGCCAGAAAUCCUGUAUCCUGCCCUCCCUACCGAUGGCUCCACAGGCGUGGAACUGGCACCCCGCUCUGCAGAGCCAGGAUACCUGGUGACCAAGGUGGUGGCAGUGGACAGAGACUCAGGACAGAACGCCUGGCUGUCCUACCGUCUGCUCAAGGCCAGCGAGCCAGGACUCUUCUUGGUGGGGCUGCACACGGGCGAGGUGCGCACAGCGCGGGCCCUGCUGGACAGAGACGCGCUCAAGCAGAGCCUGGUGGUGGUGGUCCAGGACCACGGCCAGCCCCCUCUCUCUGCCACCGUCACGCUCACAGUGGCUGUGGCCGACAGCAUCCCCGAUGUCCUUGCUGAUCUGGGCAGCUUGGAGGUCCCGCCGGCCUCUGAUGCUUCAGACCUCACCCUGUAUCUGGUGGUGGCGGUGGCCGCGGUCUCCUGCGUCUUCCUCGCCUUUGUCAUUGUACUGGUGGCGCUCAAGCUGAGAGGCUGGCACAAAUCACGUCUGCUCCAGGCUUCCGGAGGCGGAUUGGGCGUACCAGCCUCGCACUUUGUGGGCGUGGACGGGGUGCGGGCUUUCCUGCAGACCUAUUCGCACGAGGUCUCUCUCACCGCGGACUCGCGGAGGAGUCAUGUGAUCUUUCCGCAACCCAACUACGCGGACACACUUAUCAGCCAGGAGAGCUGUGAGAAAAAAGAUCCUCUGUCUUUGUUAGAUGAUUCGAAGUUUCCUGUAGAAGAUACCCCUUUGGUGCCAGUGAGUUCUAUUUUUGCUCCUUUUCUCACCUUUAAGAAUUAUGAUUAG